CUGGCGCGCGCGGAUAUAAACCCGAGCGCGCACCGAGCGCUCAGAAGAACGCAGGAGAACAGGACAGCGCGCGCAAAUCUCGUUUCAACCGUCUGGGAAAUAUGCGUCCUAACUGGAUGAGCUGGCUGGGGUCUUUGGGCUUCCUUCUGUGGGCGCUGCUCUGCUUGGGUGCCCUGACAGAGGGAUACCCGGUCAAACCGGAGAACCCCGGGGAGGACGCGCCGGCGGAGGAGCUGGCCAAGUACUACUCAGCUCUGAGACACUACAUCAACCUCAUCACGAGACAGAGGUAUGGGAAAAGGUCCAGUCCGGAGGUUCUGGACACACUCAUCUCAGAUCUGCUGUUGAAGGAAAGCAGAGACACACUCCCACUGUCAAGAUAUGACCCAUCGUUGUGGUGAUGCUGGUCUGAUUCUUUGACCUCCUCAUGUUUAUCAAUYCACCCAAACACCACUCAGUUUCUGCAACUUUUACCACUACAAGCAGCUGCWUAGCCUUCCUCCUCCCCUGCUUCUUGUCUUCAUGCAUAAACCAUCACUUAUGGCACGCUGUGUGCCRUGACACUGUAAAAUCGUUUACUCAGAGUGAUUGUCUGUGAAACAUAAAGAAAAGUGGAGAAAGGGCAUGCUGAUUGUAUUGUAUAUUUGUGCUAAUAAAGGUUCAGCUGUUUGAACAAAA